AUGGACACCAAGCUGAUUGGAAAGAUAUGCAAGUCAAUAAGAUACAGGGACUACGAGACUGCUAUUUUCCUAGCAUCAUGUCUACUCCAUGACAGGCCUGAAUACAGGACACUCAUGUCUAUAGUGCUCUAUCUGAACGGAGAGUAUUCCCGUGCCCUCUUUCAUCUCCAUAAGCUUAACACAUGUACUUCCAAGUACUACGAAUCUCUUUGCUACAAAAAGAGAAAAGACUACAAGAAGGCCAUUAAGAGUCUAGAGCUUAUUCUCGAGGGAAAGGUGGAGAGGGAUCCCGACGUGGAUGCAAGAAUACAAGAGAUGUUUGUUGAUCCGGACGAUGACGAGUUUCUUGAGUCUCUCCUCGGAGACUUAUAUACCUUGUUUGGAUGCAGAGAAGAAGGGAUUGGACACUAUCUAAGGUCCUUUGGGAAGAGCUUUCUGUUCUCUCCUAUGGAAAACCUCCUUCUUGAGAACAAGAUUCCUCAGAAGAGGGACAAGGAGAACAUUCAGCAAGCAGGGAAAGGAGGGAUUGAAGAGGAGUAUGUGUGGGACAGCAUUGAAUUCCACGAAAGCCUAGCGAACUCUCUUGUGAAAAAGUAUUUGGAGUAUGUUCCUGGGAUCGGAUCUUAUUUUAUUUCGAAUGCGGCACGAAGAUACUUCAACCUUGGGAUGAACGAUAAGAGUAAGGCAUGUUUUGAGCUGGUGAGAAGAAAAGAUCCGAUGUUUCUCUACAGUAUGGACUACUACUCAACUAUUCUCUGGCAUUCGAAAGAUGUCUAUGAGCUUGGAAUGCUAUGCAAGAAUCUGAUUAAGCAUGCACCUGAUUCUCCCAUCACAUGGAAGGCUUUAGGGAAUUUCUACAGCCAUCAGGGCGAUUACCAGAAGAGCAUCCUCUGCUUCAAAAGAAGCCUGAGGAUAGAAGAAGACUCAUACACCUACACACUUCUUGGAUAUGAAUCGAUCCAAAGAAACGAAUACGACAUAGCCAUGAAAUACUUUAAUCUAUCGUUGAAGAUGCUUGGAGAUAACUAUAGAGCAAUGUUUGGAUGUGGGCUUGUUUACACCAAGACAGAGAAGAUGGAAAAUGCGGAGUUUUUUCUGAAGAAAGCCGUAGAGACAAAUCCCGGGAAUCUCCAGAUCAAAGUGCAUGCAAUGAAGUUCUACACCAGAAAAGGGCUUACAGAUCAGUCGAUAAGGCUCUUCAAAGAAGCGUUUGGUAUGAAGUACACAGAUAUCCACAAGAUUGUCGAAUGCAUUCUGUCCAGAAAGGGGAGCUUCAGCAGUGUUGAGGAGUUUCUGAUCCUCGAGUUUGUGGAGAUCCUUGUUCUUCAAAACCUAUCCAAACUUGCAGCAGAUGUCUUAGGCUGUGUAGAAUAUAGAGGAGAGUCCUACAGUAAAAAGAAGGAGCUUCUGAUGGACAAGGUAGAAUAG